GGUAAAACCUUUUUGGUGGGCUGGACCCUGGACCAUCAACACAUGGUCGUUGACAAACCGUCCCCAGUUUUUUGAGAUUUGAUUAUUUGAAGUUAUGAAGUUGGCUUGAUCGUCGCAUAUUUUCCCUCUCAGUUAUUCAACCAGGCCUGGAUGAGUUUCUCUAUAAGCAAGGAUAAGGUCGAGGAGGGAGAUACAGUCAUUCUCUACAUCAGCGCAACGAGUCUCCAUGCACUGAAAGUGACUAACAGCAUCCAAAACAAGCAUGGGGAGAUGAUUGAAAAUGUGUUCCAGACAGUGUAUGGUGCGCUGAAAGUUGCUUCUUUGAUAGGAGUGAAAUAUGGAUCGAAGGUAGAGUUAAGCAAGGGGUGGGCAUUCAUACUCUUGCCUACUCCAGAGCUAUGGACCCUUACACUACCUCACAGGACCCAGAUCAUAUACACCCCUGAUAUCAGCAUGAUACUCUUUCAACUGGAAAUCAAACCAGGAAGCAUCGUAAUUGAAUCUGGGACUGGGAGUGGCUCUUUAACACAUGCUUUAGCCCGAAGAGUAAUGCCAAACGGUUUUGUAUACUCAUUUGAUUUUCACGAGCAACGUGUCUCAGUUGCCAAAGAAGAGUUUGUUGAGCACGGCAUAAUCGAUGUUGUGAGUGUGUCGCACAGGGAUGUCUGUCAAAAUGGGUUUGGCAUCGAGGGUGGGGCCGAUGCAGUUUUUCUUGACCUCCCACACCCUUGGCUUGUUAUAGAUCACGCCAUAGCUGCUUUCAAAGAAGAAGGUGGGCGUUUCUGUUCUUUCUCCCCUUGCAUCGAGCAGGUUCAAAGGACUUGCACAGCCCUGACUGAUGCCGGCUACACCGAAAUUCGCACUCUUGAGUGCAUCCAGAGGGAGAUAGCAGUCAACCGGAGGAAUCUUCCCGUCCUCAGCCUUGAUAAGGAAGACGACCGGCCCGAGGAUAAUAAGCAACAUACCUUGAUAUCAACAAGUUAUUCACAGACAAUGCCAGGACACACCGGGUUUUUGACAUUCGCUUCUUUCCCUCCCAAAUGGGCGGUGGGAAAAUUUCUAAUUUAAAUUAUACAAAUAAAGAAGAUAUAUAUUUU